UAGUUGCGACUGCAUUGUUCAAAAUAAGCUUAAGCUUCGCUAUGUUUUAGCUUCUGUUGGGCACUCGCUCUUAUUUACCACUUAAAAAAUUCUAAAUUGUUUUUAUUCCACGAAGAUGUCCGAGGAAAACUCAUCUUCAUCUAUCGAACAGAUGACGAGCGUUUCCGAGCCAGGUCCACUCAAAUGGACGUUACGUGUUUUAUAUAUCUCGGUGUUUGUCGUCGGCAUUACGGGUAACUUAGUCGUAUGUUAUGCCGUAAUGAGACGUAAACGCCUUCGUUCAAGCAACAACCUUUACACCUUCAACCUCGCUUGCGCGGACCUCAUUGUCGUGACCAUUUACGUCCCCACGCAAAUGACAGCUUUCGAGAACGAACACAACUGGGCUUUGGGCGACACGAUGUGCAGAAUCGCUUAUAUAAUAAUUCCACUCUGCUUGUCGGCGUCAAUUGGUUCCUUACUCGCCAUUACAGUUAACCGUUAUCGUGCGAUGGUCUCUCCGCUGACGCCUAAGCUAACAGUGUGGAAGAUCCAGUUGAUCAUCUCUGGCAUAUGGGUCAUCUCUCUACUCCUAGCAUUGCCGAUUAUCUUUGUUGCAGGGACAGAGACGAGUGCAAACGGGCAAGUGUACUGUUCUGAACCCGGCUGGCCCAAAGAUUCAGCCAUCGACAAUAUUUACUGGAUAUCAAUUUUUGUCCUUCAGUACGUCGCACCUCUGAUCGUUAUUGCCGUGCUAUCAAGUAUCGCUGCUUGGAAACUAAGAGCCAAUUCAUUGUUCAACAGAAAGAGGGAUUCGUUAGUCGUUACGAAAGCCGUGCGAAAACGGAUGCAACAGGGAGCUAAGAUUACUAAAAUGCUACUUGCGUUAGUAUUGAUUUAUGCUAUUUGUAUGUUGCCUCAACACGCGGUGUUUUUUUGGAUGGAAUAUGGAAACCUUAACCAGAUGGGAUUCAAAAUGUAUAUAUUCAGGUUCUCGAAUGUUUUUCCCAUGGCGAACUGCGCGUUGAAUCCUAUUGCAUACGGGACACUGAACAAAGAGUUUGCAAUGGUUUUCAAGAGCUUAUUAAAACGCAAAUGGCACUUCAAAACGGCCAUUUGUUGCAGACAGAAAGCAGAUCAAAGGGUGGAAAUACUUGACGCUAAAGUAGGUUGUGACAUCCUACUGAAAGACAUUUGACAGGUCGACAAUCAGCUCAGAAUGAAACAAAAUGGAGAUCAAAAAUGGAAGUCAAUAAGCUUACAUGCAUUUAACUUAGUUUCUGACAUCCCCGGCACGGCCAGAUGGUAUAAACAAACCCCGGGUUCUCGGUAUAACGUUCAGCAAAGGGCCGGUUUCCAUAUACUCACCAACGACGGUGGUAGUUUUUUAUAAACACAAGAAAUACAUCGAAAGGUCAAUAAAUUCUGACGCAGUAUGUUCUUUAAUUCACCUGCUUGAAUCUGAUUACCAAGCCUAGCAGAGGAUAAUUAUUCAAUCUUGUCAUUCGGCUUUUUAUUUAUACUCACGAUUUUAGUCCUAGUAAAAACUACUUAUAAUAAGUAGUUUUUGACAAUUGCAAUCGUCUCAUAAACUGAAAAAUGUUUUCGUUACUCUAGUGAACAUAUAUAAUAAUCCGCUUCAGUGAUGUUAAAAAACUGGGUUAUUAUUUGAGGAAAAAUCUAAUCUUACAAUCCAUCGUGAAACGAAAACGAAAAGACAAACCAUCAUAUAAGGUGUAUAGUUCGUAUAUGGCGGUAAAUUUCUUUGUCGUUAGACCCAAGUUACACGCCCGGGCUCGAAUUUGAAAAAAUAAAUAAAUAAAUAAUAAUGCUACUAGUAAUAACAAAAACAGUUGCUUCAUUAAUGCUACACUGGGAUAGAUUUUUGCCGUACUCUCUCUAUUCGGCGAGCGCCAUCUUCGAAGUCAAAGCUGAGAAGAGGCCGCCAAAACGUGUCAAUAAGUCCUGCUAUGGGAGCCAUGGGUAAGUGCUUUGUUCUUUUCUCUGAUCAUGUCGCUCGUAGUUAUUCAAUAUGGCGGUUGGCCAUGCCUCGGCCUCAGUCCCUGGAGUAGGUUUGUCCGGCUCAUAUUCGAUAUAGCGGAUCGACGAUCAAACGGAAAAAUAAUUGAACGGGACAGCCUGGCUAGCCGCUUGAAAGACGCUUUUUAUUUCAUGAAAACGACAUUCAUUUAAAACAAAUUAUUUUGAUUUAAUUAAUCUUAGCAGCGUUAGAUAAACACGAGCAUCUCGAUCAUGUUCAACCCUUCGACAAAACCUGCAGAUCCUUGUGGAAACAUAUAAAAAAACAUAUAAAGAGGAAUCCCGAUCUCAUGAACCCUUAAUUUUUGGAACCCUCGGUAAACUCGAAUCAACAUUGCUUCCCUUCCCUCGUUGAAUAUCC